AUGGUGGCCCCGGGCGCAAAGUGGCCGCUUCGGCCAACCGCUGCGUGCAGAGAAGCGACGCAGUCUCGGGUCGAGGCGUUGGCACUAGUGGAGGAGCGUUUCCGUGACUUUGACGUGGUGUGGGCCAAGGUACACGGUUUCCCGUGGUGGCCAGGCGUGUUGUUCUUCUCCUGGGACGUCGUGCGCCGUGCUGGCAUUCGUACGGACCCCAAGAUUGUGGCGGAGCUCGUCGUGCCAAAGCCGGAGAAGGUGGAACAGCUGGCCACAACCAAGGGCAGCCAAGCGACGAGCAGUUCCCGUCUCAAGCGCCACUGCCUCAUCAUGUUCCUGGACAAGUUCAACUUUUCGGUCGUGGAAAUGGACCCUAGCAGUGUGGCGAGCUUUACGGCUCACUACGACAUGUAUGAGCGCGCGGUCAUGAACAGCAAGACCAGCAGGAAGAAAGCAGAGUUCAAGCGCGCAGUCGUUAAGGCGACGCAGUUGCUGCAUAUGGGAAAAGGUGCGCACGUGGACGAUGAUCUCGCUAUGUUGGAGCAGCCAGGUCCAAUGGACAGGGUGGAACAAGCGGAGGAGGACAUGGAGGCGGAUAGCGAGGAGGAAGAACACGACCGAGAGCUGGAUAAUGUGAGGGCCAGUCGUGAAAAGGAAGACGAGACAGCAGGUAACGUCGAGGAGAAGGUUGGUGAGAAGAGAUCGGCGGAAAACUCGCAGAAAAAGUCGAUUGUUAGGGGAGGAAAUGUGCUGAAAGUGAAGGACGUUACGGGCGACAACGGGGUCAUGAUUGUGGCGAAAUCGAAGCCACGACAUAAAGCGUUAUCAGCGCAACUUAGAUCAAGAGGCCAAAGAACGUCACGAAAAGAAGCUGUUAGUGCAGCACAUGUUGCUGUUUUGCCGCGGUCGCCGCCUCCACUAGAUUUGGCCGUUGCCCUUAAGAAGAAGCAACAUGCAGUCCACUAUGACGAAGCGAGAGGGAAAGGGCCAGGUAAACUUUUGGAGAUUAAGACUAUCAAAAGCACUGCCGAGACAGAUAGUACAGUACAAAAAGGCGCGAAGAAGAACAGCCGUGUCGAAGUGUCUGUGAUGAAGGACGUUGAUGGUAUCUCGAAGCAGUUGACUGAGCAAAAUGAUGACCAAAUUUCUGAUGAAGAUGCGGAAAAAGAGAGGCAAAGAGGUAUGGUGCUGACACCAUUGUCUAGCAUUUGGACAACAGGGUUGUCGAGCGAACCGAAUACUGAAAGUAACGUGCAGACGUCACUGCUAUACAAGCAAGAUUUCUUGUGGGAUGGCGCUGUGUUUUCCAAUGAGCUUAGUUUGGCCGAGAAAAAGAAAGCUGCAAUUGAACGCAAGCAGACGGAAGAUGGUGGUGUUGGGCUUGAUAGGUCAGGCAAACGCCAGUCGCGGUCUGCUCAGCAAUCGCACAUUCGCCAACAGCUGGUAGCAGGAGAUUUGGACCCCCACACGAUGGUGCAGUGUGUUGCCUAUCGCUCAAAAGGGCACGUGGAUGACCCCAAUAGCCGCAGCCGUGGUGGUCCCAUGCUUGAUCCUCCAUUCCAGGUCGUGGUACAUCCGGACGCAGUGUUUGUGGCAGACCUUCAUGCUCACCUUGCAACUUGCGAAAUCAUUGGCUUCCUAGGGGGCAAGUGGGAUGAAGCAUCGAAAACACUGUACAUUCAGGCUGCAUUUCCUUGCCGCUCGCUUGUCAUUGACGGCGAUGAUGGUUCUACCGAUGUGGAGAUGGAUCCGGGCAGUGAGAUUGAGCUUCGUAGCAUCAUUGAAAAUGCACAACUGGAGGUAGUAGGCUGGUAUCACUCGCAUCCGGCGUUUGCACCCGAUCCGUCUGUUCGGGAUAUUGAGAACCAAACGAGCUAUCAACAACUAUUUCAGCGCCCUUGCACGAGCAUUGAAGUAGGUGCUAACUGCAAGCCUUCCGAACCAUUUGUAGGCCUGAUUGUUGGGACAUACGAUACUCGACGAAGUACGCCUGUGAGUCUCUUUCGUUAUUUUCACACACGUGGAGAGAAAGUAAGUGGUGGCGCACGCCGUGAGAUCCAUAUGCCGUACGAAUUUAUUCCGGAGCGAUGCCACUUCAGAAGCGUGCUACAAGACGAGGAACGCGUAAGGACACGAUUGUUUCCUCUGUAUCAGUCAGUCUUGCAGCACUUUGGUUUCGAGCUGGCAGCUUGCCAGAGCCAGCAUCUACCCGUGAGCAGUCAGUCUACGGCUACUAUGCGGAAUGCGAUGCCUGGAUCAUCGCUAAGAAGAGGUCGUGGUUCAUUUGGAAAGCGCAAACAGCAAACAGGGUCCAUGAGAUCCAGAGACAAGCCAUUGAAAAAAGCGAGGGCAAGAGGUAGAUCUCCCUUACGCUCUAUUUUAGCUGCAAGGGACCGAGUUGACCAGAGUGGUGAUGAUGAUAAUCGGAAGCUUGAAGUUUUGAAGAACGAAGCAUUGACAUCAAAAAGUGCACUCGAAUUUAGCGAUAAUGAGAGCAAGAGCGAGAUUACGAAGAGUAAAAAAGACGGCACCCUACACAGUGUCGAUAACCAAGGAAAGACAAAUGCAAUCACACCAUUGCCAACCGAUGCCCAGAAGAACACAGGCUGCGAUAAUGUAUCCGCAACUAACGUGAAGUCAGAGGUUCGCAGCGCAGAAGAACAAGUCGGAGAGGUCCCCGCUAACGCGUUCGAAAAUACUGGUGCACAUGAAUUGCUGCCACAAGCACUGCAUCUGGGUGUACCAUGUCGUGUGUAUGGGCGCAGCAUAUUGAGUGAAACCCAGUGCUUCAAUCGAAUCAAUGAGAGCGUUGCUGGUUCAGACGCGAACCGAUUAAAGCAACCACUAAACGAAAAUGGUAUGGCCUUAUCACCUCAUCCCCCGACGACACCCCAGAAAUUGGUACAGCAGGUCGUCAGCAAGUCUGAUGAAGCAGCAAGUGGAUGGAAGGUUGGAAAUGUGAUUGCUGCAGUAAAUGAUACGUGCAUCGCUCAAGCGUCGUUAUCUCCUCCUUCGUCUGGUGUUAUACCUGGUGUAUUAGCAUCGACAGACACUAUUGUUUCCGGUCGAAAAAGGACCCGCAAACCCAAGAAACCAAUGAAAUACAGUCACCGAUCUACUUCACCCAGCAGUGACCAACCAAUCCCCAGCGUGUCUCCCAAUCAGACCAAAACUCCAGUCCAGACGCUCUAUGAUGCGUUUCGACUUUCUGGGCCUCAUUUUUCGAAUGGUGGUACACAUGAGGGAAUUACACCAUUGCUCGGUCAUGGCGACGGUCCGAAAGUCGACAAUGGAUUGGCAGAGGGCUUGCAGUAUAUAUUUGUCGAUGAAGCCAUGGAUAUGACUACAACUAGCAAUGGCUGUAGUGGCCCCUUGGCUGUACAAAAGGAUGCUGGGGCACCUUCAGUUGCGAUGAUGACAAAGGAUAGUGAUCGCGUGAAUGAAGAAGUUCGACGUUUCGUGGCCUCUUUAGUGGAGAAGGUGGUGGAAGAGGUGGCUUCAAAGAUUACUGCUGGGUUAAGUUUACAUGAAGAAAAGGCGAAAGGAUCGUUUCCGCUUCCUAAAGUGCCGAACUGGCCUUCUGACAGCUCCGGAGCUCAGGUUUUUCUGAACAGCCAUAAAAAUGCAAAGGUAGAAAGCUCAAGCGUAAAGUCCGAGCCUGACGUGCACGCCGGCGCGGCAGAAAGUAAUGCUCAUUCUAAUUUACAGCUUUUCGGAAGCAAAGGUGAGUGCGAAGACAUCCAAACAUCUUUGCAGAAAAUGGCAGAUCAGCUGGACAAAUGGAAGUCGUUCCAGUCUGCUAGGCCAAGUGUAGCCGCAACAAAUCUUCCGAUACAACCCAUACCUGCCAUAGAGUCCAAGCUCGUGGUGGCUGAGGUAGAUCCGGUGCAAGACGAAUGUAAGGUAGAGCAAGACCAUCUUGCUGCACUGCGAACCAAGUACGGUGCUGGUGUAAGCAGGUGUGCUGAGCAAGCGAUCACUUUGGUGGAUUACUAUCGGAGUUUUGAGCGACGCACCGACCUUGACGAGAUUUGGAAAUCACGGAUCACAAAGCUGGAGAAAAUUGAGAGCUCUCUUUCCGAAUACGUUCAAUACCUCAAUAUCCCGGUAGCUCUUCGACGUGAUUUUGUCAAGGACCUUAUUCAAUACUUGCGCGGAUCGUGGGCAACAGCAGACCGGCGAUGA